AUGACCUGUCGUAGGCGUUACGGGAGAGCUUGCCAUGCUAAGAGACCGCUGGCCUCAGGGUGGAGCUACUCGCCUGGCUGGGGGUCACGAUGGUGGGACCAGGGCUCUUGGUGGCAAGGACGGUGGGGUCAGGAUGAGAAGGCGCCCUGGGAGAGAGCCGAAGCAAAGGAGGAGCCCGGCUCGGAAGGAGAUAGGCCGAGCGAGAAGCCUGAGGGUGGCUGGGGCGGCUGGAGCAGCAACAGCUGGUAUGCGCGGCCAUCCUGGUCCAGCUGGUCUUGGUCUUAUCCCAGCUAUGGCUACUCGAACUACGGUUACUCCAGCUAUUCCGGAUGGGGUGACUGGAACCGACCUGAUGCACUAGUCGAAGCCAAGCAAGACGACAGCCAGAGCCGACAGGAACGGUGGAGCCAAGCCUUUGCAAAGGACAGGCAGGAGUUCCAAGACGGAGACUGGUGGAAAAGUGAACGGGAAGAGCAGCCCAAGCAGGAAGAGUGGACCCAAGAACCGAAGCAGGAGGGUGAAGUAGGCCAAGAGCCCAAGUGGGUGCCGCCUUUUGAAAGCGGCCAAGAAGCAGGUGCAGCUUCGCAAGAAGCAACGCAGGCUUCCUCCGACGUGGCUGUUCAGCCAAGUCCGGAGACUCUGAAGCCUCGAGACGAAAUCGACAAGGAGAGCAGCCGACCAGCCCACGAAAACGAGGAGUGGUAUCAAAAGUGGCUCCUCCGUCAGAAGGAAAAAGAGCAAAAAGAGCAAAGCGGCGCACACGCAGAAGCGCAGGCUGAGAGCUUUGUCACAAAAGCAAAGAAGGUGGAAGUAGAAGAGGUCCAGGUGCCUGAGGCGGUCGCUGAUUCCGACACUCACCCAGCGCCCGCUAUGGAUCAGGAGAUGUCUUUCCACAGCAUGCCAGAGCCAGAGAGCGCGCCAGCGAGACACCCGCACGAGAAUGAAGAGUGGUACCAAAAAUGGCUACGACGCCAGAAGAAUCAGCCCACUCACGUCAUCGACAUUGGUGCUCCUCAACCCCAGGCUUCGACGCAAGACGUGGCGGCGAGCAGCUCUAGCGAUCCUCAGGCCUCCAGCUCUAGCAGCACGGAAGAGAAGCGGGUCUGUCCAGAUGACGGGAAGACGUACACCUUUGAUGAGUUGAAGAAGGCGUACGCCGGAGAGUACUCUGAUGAAGACUUGAAGGCAUAUUGGCGAGAUGCCAUGGCCCCGCCGGGAGCCCCCAUAGAAAAACCUGCCGAGUCGAAGAAGGAGGAUUACAAGCAAGAGGAGUGGUACCAGAAAUGGCUUCGUCGACAGCAGAACAAGAAUAGACAGAUCAUUGAAAUUGGUUAA